GAAGGAGGGUGGUGCUUGUACAGAAAGGGACAGUGACUGGCCAUGUCAAUACAACUAAAGGACUCCAAAUCAACGGGAAACUACGUUCAAUAGAAUCAAGAGUAUAUCCUCACCACAGCUGCCUGUGAAAGACAACCCUGACUGGAAUUUCAUUUCUGUGUGAUUCACAUGUGCGGAAUUAUUUGGAUUCCGGAGCUUUGACCGGUAAAUUUGACAGAUCAAUUAGAAAAAAAAAAGGCGGGUAUUUUAGUUAAGUGACAAGAAAUUGUGUAGUUUAAAUAAAUGUACUUGGUUUUAUAAGUUAUACUGCAGACUGUAGACAGUGGGGUUGUUGUGCGGAGUCCUUCCAGGGGCUUCGGAGCCCAGGACAGCCAGACGUACCAGUGGAUUCCUCAGUUUUACGAAAUCACCGGAGGGCAGCAGGACUCAUAGCAGUACUUUGGUGAAUAACUUUCGCUUCCCUCUACUGAGCACCGCUGGUGACAACAAGCCGGUGUGAACAUGCUACAAAAUGGAAACAGAAAGGAGCAACUGCUGCAAGCGCCGAAGGCUGAGCCAGAGCCGGACUCCCCGGCUGUCGAGCCGAAACAGCAGCAGCCCGAGCUCUCCGGCGCGGGCAAGAAGGACGCGGACACCGAGUCCACUCACUUCCCCAUGCCCGCUUACCCCAAACUGGACAUAAAACGCAACGCAGUGACGGACGAUUAUAAAAUCUCCAGUCAAGUUCUGGGCUUAGGGAUCAAUGGCAAAGUCCUUGAGUGCUUCAGUAAGAAGACAGGAGAGAAGUGCGCACUGAAGAUCCUUUAUGACAGCCCCAAAGCGAGACGAGAAGUGGAGCUUCACUGGCGAGUAUCAGGAGGACCGUACAUUGUUCGCAUCCUCAACCUGUACGAAAACAUGCAUCAUGGGAAGAAAUGCCUGCUCAUUAUCAUGGAGUGUAUGGAGGGAGGAGAGCUGUUCAGCCGAAUCCAGGCCAGAGGAGACCAGGCCUUCACUGAGAAAGAGGCAUCUGAGAUUAUGAGGGACAUCGGCACGGCCAUCGAGUUUCUCCACAAUAUCAACAUCGCGCACAGAGACAUCAAGCCAGAGAACCUGCUGUACACCACUAGAGAGAAAAACGGGGUCCUCAAACUGACAGACUUUGGCUUUGCUAAGGAGACCACUCUACACAACCCUUUACAGACCCCCUGUUAUACACCAUACUAUGUGGCUCCUGAGGUUUUGGGUCCGGAGAAGUAUGACAAAUCAUGUGACAUGUGGUCUCUGGGUGUCAUCAUGUACAUCCUGUUGUGUGGCUUUCCUCCAUUUUACUCCAACACGGGCCAGGCCAUUUCCCCGGGGAUGAAAAGGAGGAUCAGGAUGGGCCAGUACGAGUUCCCCAACCCAGAGUGGGCUGAGGUGUCACAGGAAGCGAAAGACCUGAUCCACCAGCUACUGAAGACAGACCCCAGUGAGAGAAUGACCAUCACUCAGUUUAUGAACCACCCCUGGAUCAAUCAGUCCAUGGUGGUGCCCUCCACUCCGCUCCACACCACCCGGGUCCUGACCGAAGACAGAGAGCUGUGGGAGGAUGUGAAGGAGGAGAUGACCAGCGCUCUAGCAACCAUGCGUGUGGACUACGACCAGGUGAAGAUCAAGGAUCUCGACACUUCGAGCAACCCCCUGCUCAACAAGAGACGCAAGAAGGCUGCUGCAGGGGCCAAGAGCGGGUCCACUGUCUGCCAAAGUCAGUGAGAUACAGGCAACUGUUAAUGGAAAAUCCAGACCUAACAGCCAAUGGUGAAGAAAAGCAGCUCAGCAGAGGAAGGAAAAUUUGAUUUAUGCAGGAGAGGAUCAUUUAGACAGUUGCUCGGGACUCCGAAGAGACUGAACGUGGAGGGCAUGUUCUCUGAAAUAAAGGGACAACGUAGGAACAGCAGCAACGACAAAACUGAACAUUUAUAGGACAUAUCAAGACAUGAUAUUGCCUGUGUUGCUGACCAGUGGUAGAAAUCCAUAGCUCCGCUCACUCCAGGCCUAUCUGUUUUUAAUUAUUUUAUGUAUGUAUGUCAUUUUUAGAUUCUCCCUGCAGACAUCAAGUAUCAUCCGGUAUUUAUAGUGAUAGUAUUUUGUGUAUUUGAAUGCUGGGCUGCCUUUGUAACUAUGCAUUAGUGAGCACAUCCCACACACAGACAGACAAAACCAACUGUGGACAGAAUGUGAAACUAGAACACUCAAUAUUACCCGUGUUGUCCUAAUAUUGUCUGUCCUCUGCUGUUUCUUUUCAGAGAUUAAAGCGAAGUCUGACACUGACUGUCUUGUCAAUAAAAUGUACUAUAGCCUCCAUAAUGACGUCCAGAUCAACCCGAGGGAGUAUUUUUCAUUGAAGCAAUAGUAAAAUGGCCUAACACACAUUAUCAAGUGAUAUAUUUGACUCAGUAUCACUGCUGCAGAUCAACAUCGUGUCCUAUAAACAGAGCUAUGAGAGGAGGCACACAACCUGCCUGCUUCCCGUCAGUCUUAGGCCAGGACUCUUUAUGUAAGCAGUGGUGGGGUAAUGGUUGGUUGUGCGACAUGGUUGGGUUGUGACACUUCUCUUUAGAAAGGCCUUGUGU